AUUAUGUAGAGCGACGGGAAGUGAUUCGCAUUCUGCAUUCUGGUAUCCGACCUACACCGCCAGCAAUCAGCCCCAAAUUUCUCCAUACUAUUGCUACUAGAACUAUCGCAAUGGCACCAACCAAGCUUCCCACCCGCAAACUGGGCAAGAAUGGCCCGGAAGUCACAGCCCUAGGCUUCGGCACAAUGGGCUUGAGCGCCUUCUACGGAAAACCCAAGCCGGACGAGGAACGCUAUGCCCUGCUCGAUCACAUCUACGAGUCCGGCGAACACUUCUGGGACACGGCAGACAUGUACGGCGACAGCGAGGAUCUCCUCGGUCGCUGGUUCAAGAAGAACCCAGGCAAGAGAGAGAACAUUUUCCUCGCCACCAAAUUCGCCAACUACGUCGACCCAGAGACCGGCGUCAGGAGCGUCAAGAAUGAACCCGAGUACGUCAAACAAGCAUGCGACAAGUCCUUGCAGAGACUCGGCAUCGACCAAAUCGACCUGUACUACGUCCAUCGUCUGGAUGCCAAUCAACCCAUUGAAAUCACCGUCAAGGCAAUGAAGGAACUGCAAGAUGCAGGCAAGGUCAAGUACCUGGGAAUGAGUGAGUGCAGUGCAGACAGUCUCAGAAGAGCUUGCAAGGUGACACACAUUACCGCUGUUCAGAUGGAGUACAGCCCGUUCUCCAUGGAGAUUGAAGAUCCCCAGUACGCGCUCUUGAAGACGGCUCGUGAGUUGGGUGUUUCAGUGGUCGCCUACUCCCCUCUCGGUCGAGGCUUCUUGACCGGAUCGAUCAGAAGUCCCGAUGACUUUGAGGAAGGUGACUUCCGAACCUUCGCUCCACGAUUCAACAAGGAGAACUUCCCCAAGAACUUGAAACUGGUCGACACGCUCACAUCAUUGGCCGAGUCAAAGGGCUGCACAGCCGGACAGCUGGUGCUGGCAUUCCUCCUGGCUCAAGGUGACGAUAUUGUUCCUAUCCCCGGAACGACAAGAACCAAGAACUUCGACGAGAACAUCGGGUCGCUCAAAGUGGACAUCAGCAAGGACGAUAACGAGAAGAUCCGCAAGGCCAUCAGUGCGGCGGAGGUUCAUGGAGGUCGUUACCCAGAUGCGUUCUCGAAGGCACUCUUCGUCGACACUGUUCCUUUGAAGGGUGAGCUAUGAAGCGGUUGCAAAGUCACCAUCGGAGAGAAGCUAGAGAGAAGAUCAUUGUGAUGUACUCUAUCAGAGCUGAGAUUUCAGCGGGUAUCAGGGGUCCGUGUCGUCGUGUUCAUACAAUCCAUGAAUUGCCAUCAUGUCCCUAGACUCCUUGCCUGGCCAUGCCGACGCCCCGAAAUGCAAUAUCGU